GGUUAUGAAUACAGCCGGAGUGGAAACCCUACCCGGAAUUGCCUGGAGAAGGCUGUGGCAGCGCUAGAUGGAGCUAAAUACUGUUUAGCUUAUGCCUCUGGCUUAGCUGCUACUUUGAAUAUUACUCACCUGUUAAAAGCAGGGGAUACGAUUAUCUGCAUGGAUGAUGUCUAUGGAGGCACAAACAGAUACUUCAGGAAAGUAGCCAUGAAAAUGGGUUUAAACGUAGUUUUUGUUGACUGCACAAAAAUGGAGUGCCUGGAAGCUGCAAUUACACCGGAGACCAAGCUCGUUUGGAUUGAAACGCCCACAAACCCCACACUGAAGGUCAUUGACAUUCAGGCCUGUGCAGAUGUAGUACAUAAGCAUAAAGAUGUUAUUCUGGUGGUAGACAACACUUUUAUGUCUGCAUAUUUCCAGCGUCCUUUAUCUCUGGGGGCUGAUAUUUGUAUGUAUUCUGCAACCAAAUACAUGAACGGGCAUAGUGAUGUUGUAAUGGGACUUGUUUCAGUAAACUGUGAUGAUCUCUACGAAAGGCUCAAAUUCUUACAAAACUCUCUUGGAGCUGUUCCAUCUGCCUUUGACUGUUACCUGUGCAAUCGUGGUUUGAAGACACUGCAAGUCCGGAUGAAACAACAUUUCCACAACGCAUUAGCUGUUGCUCGAUUUCUUGAGUCAGAUUCCCGGGUGGAGAAAGUAAUUUUCCCAGGCUUGCCUUCACACCCUCAGCAUGAGUUGAUCAAGCGGCAGUGUACUGGCUGUCCUGGGAUGGUAACCUUUUACAUUAAAGGAAAUCUCGAACAUGCUGCUACCUUUCUCAAGAAUUUAAAGGUUUUUGCGCUGGCUGAGAGUCUAGGAGGAUAUGAAAGCCUAGCAGAGCAUCCGGCCAUCAUGACUCACUCUUCGGUGCCUAAAGAAGAUAGAGAAGCUCUUGGAAUCAGUGAUACAUUAGUUCGCCUGUCUGUUGGUUUGGAAGAUGAAGAAGAUUUACUGGAAGACCUAGACCAAGCUCUGAAAGCUGCA